AAUAAUAAUAAUAAUAAUAAUAAUAAUAACAAAUUUGAAAUCGAUAUGCAUAAUUUUUAUAUUCAUUCGAAUCUUUCAAAAUUAUGAUAUCACUGUUCCGCGAGUAUGCGUGCUGAUUGGUCAACAGUUUGAAUUGUAGUGUUCGUUAAACUUUAUAUAUGUAACAUCGAAGUAACAUAAAAAAGUGUUUCGUGAAAGUUCAUUGGUGAAGCGAAAAAUAAACUACGUUUUGCAUAACAAUAAACGUCUGCACGAGUACACGAUAACGGCUCGUUUAUCUGUCUCACCUUUUUCUAUAAUAAGUUGAAUUUUUUUUUUUGAACAAGUCGUUAUCAACGUGCGAACAUCAAUUAUAUUUAUCGCUUCUUAUCGAUUAAAUGAUCAGUAAUAACGAAUUUGAUCAAGAGUAUAAAACUUAAUGACAUUAACCGGCUUCUUUUGUGUGUAUGUGUGCUCUACAUUUGCUAGUUCAAGGUCUUUCGAUACCUUGAAUCGAUUGAAUUGUAUGUGAAAGAGAGAGAGAAAGAGAGAUAGAGAAGAGAGAUAUAUAACCAUUGCAAGAUAACGCGAACGCAGACGCGUCAAGUAUUCAGCAUUGAGAAAGAGAAAAAAAAGAAAGAGAGAUAAAAAGUCUCGACUGUAGUCUCGAUGAGGAAACAAAAAAAAGGAAGACCGUGAUGACUUCGUCCUCUUUGUCGACCACAAAUAGAUAUCCUAUUUUCAGCAUCUCUCUUUUGGUUUUUGUUCAGUUUCGUUUAUUAUUCGGUCAUCUUUUACAACAACCAACAACCAACAACUAACAACAACAACAUCAUCAAAAGGGGAUAUAUAGAAUAUGUCUAUAAAUUCAUCAAAACGUACGGGGAAAGAUAACCUCACGAAACCGGCAAUACAGUCUCAACUUGCCAGAUUAAAAAGAGAGGAAGAAGAAGAAUUAUGGAUAUCGGGAGAAGAACUUUGUACGGAAGGGAGUAGCGAUGAGGAAGAUAGCAAAACAUCUUCUAGAUCAUUCUGUAGAACAAAUAAAAAUUAUGAUCCGCGUAAUUCAUUGGCCAGCGGUAGACAUCAUUGGAUUGUAUCGGAUAAUACAAAAGAAAUUUCCGAACGAUCGAACACCAAUUCUGAAGGAAAUAUGAUAUCCUCGAUAGAGAUAAUAAAUUCAUUGAAAAUGGAUACAUCAAAUACACGAUCGAAUUCUUCGAUUGAUUUGGAAAUUAAUGAUGUUUCAAUGGCAGACGAUACGUGUUCGGAUGUGAUACAAGAUGAGGAGGGACAAGGCCUUAAAGACUCUGAAAUAUCGUGGAAGGUUAACAGAGGUACCAUCAGGUUAUUUAAUACAGGUGCAACGGCUGCUACCAUGGAACCCGAUAAUAAACCGUAACGAAUGGAUUUUUCAUCAGACAUAGUAUUUCUUAGAAUUUAAUCUUGUCAACAAUCUUUUAUGUAUUUUUCGUCAUCUUUUUUCCAUUUUAAUUACGACGAUAAUCUUCGUGUCGUCAUAGUUUUUAUGAAUGUAAUUCAAAUCUUUCCACCACGAUAAUAUCGCGACGUAGUCGUAGACUGAUUUUCCUGAAUUUUGAUUGGACGGUUUAAUUUAGUACGGCUCAAUCAAAAUUUUUUUAAGGUCUUACGUCAUGAUUUUUAUUAUAUUUGGCUUCGUAUCGUUUCGUUUCUUAGUUUUUCUUUGUAAAUACAAAUAUUAGUUUUGAAUUUAUUACUGGUUCGAUAAUAGAUAGAUCGACGAAAGAAACCUGGCAAGAAGAUAUAACUGAAUUAAAAGAAUUAACGCCAUUAGGUUAUCGGCGAGAAUUUGAAUUUUUCACGUGUUUACAAGAAGGUCUUCAAAUUGAAGGUAAUAAAAAUUAUAUAGCAUUUAUUAAAAAUGUCUUUUGAAAUUUGGACGUUUCAUUGUAAGAUAAUCAUGAAAACAACGGUAAAACAUAUCUGAAAAAUGAUCUUAAUAAAUGCGAUUUGAAAAACAUAAGUACAAUGAACGAGGAAUUGGAAAAACAAAUAUCGAAGGUAGAGAGUUUGGAUAUUGCUAUCAAAAAAUUUGAUAAUAAUGUAGAGGUAAAUAUAUUCUGCAAGUUCGAAUAUAUAUAUAUAUAUACACAUAUUAAAUGACGAUCGUGUCUAACUUAUUUACUUUAAUAAGUAAAUCAGAGAGAAAACAAAGUGUAUUUAAGAUGAUUUUUAACACAGAAAGAGAUGAAAGAAACUUUGUUAUGUCAAUAUAAAAAUCGUGAAAAAUUGAAAGAGAUAUUAGAGAAUGUACCACAUGAAACUGGAAGAUUAGCUGAAAAUACACAACAAUUUUUUAGUUUGUACAAUGAAUAUGCUGGCAUAUCCGGUAAUAAAUGAAUGAACAUUUACAUAUAAUAAUAUAUUAUAUAUUAUUAAUUAAUACCUCUUUCUUUUCUUUAUUUAUGAAUAAGCACUUACGGAUGUACGUGAAAAAAUUAAGCAUAAUGACACGCGUAAUAUUGAAAUUUCGGAUAAUCAACAAACGUUGAUAAAAGAAGAAGUAAAUGCAAUAAGAAAUAUACACGAACAAUUAUUAGAACCAAGGAAGAAAGGAUAUAAAUUUAAUAAGAAGAAUAAAACAGUAUAUUUUAUUUGUUUCUUUACAAGUUUUUAUUUUGAUAGGAAUUUAAUAAAAAUAUUGAUAUUAACAGUUAGUCACAUAUCAGUCAAAAAUGUUUCCUAAUACUACUUAUAAAAAACAAAGAAUGGCAAUGUUGUUUGGAGAUAUGAUUGAUAGCAAUGGCGAUAUUAUCCAUUUUAAUAAUAAUCCUUACUGUGUUAAUGAUGAAGAAAAGAAAUUAUUACGUGAAUUAAACGAAAAAAUUUCAGUGAGUGAUUCAAAUAUUUUAACAUAAUUUAAAGUAUCGUUAAUAUUUUGUAAAAUGAUAGAUACUACAAAAUGAUAAAAAUUAUAAAAAGCCUGGAAUACAAAAAGAUAUGCAAUUGUCAUCAAAUAUAUGUAAUGCGCAUUCAAUAAGUAAGCCAGUUAACACUGUAUCAACAAUAAGUACUUCGCAAAAUGUAGAUGAAGAAAUUCUAAUAGAAUUAUUAGAAGAUUCGAAAAUAACAAUGGCUUCAUCUGCUGAUGGUAAAAAGUAAUAUCGUCUUUUAAACAAAAUUAUGAUUCUUUCAUAACUUUUCUCUCUUAUAUAAAAUUAUGUCGUACAAGGAUAAGAAAUAACAUAUAUAUAUAAAAUCUUUAAUAAACGUCUUUUAUGCUAUUUACAGAAAGAUUAAAAGUUGGAAUUGAAGUUAAAUAAAUAAUAUUUUAUCUUA